GACCUAUCUUAUGAAAGUUGAAGCAAAUACAAUCAGUUGUAUUUGCAUAACUUGAAUGAAUGCUAGGGUCAUCUUGUCAUUAUAGGAGUUGUCUGCUGGAGUCCCGCCUGCUGUUUUUUUUAAGUUACAGUCUCCUUCAGUUUGCUCAGAACAUUCCGGAGAUUCCUGCUGUUCAGAUGCUGAUUGGAUCAGAGUGACUUUUUAAAGGAAUGUUUGCGUGCUACCACGAGGCACACAACAGAGACCCUCCUGAUCUGUCACAUUUUUAUGCAAAAAAACAAACGAGACCAAAUUUGAAUGAAUUAUCUUAAAAAGACAGCUUUUUCAGUGGAGAAUGGCUUCGUGAAUUAACCCAAUAUUCCCGCUGCUGUAGAGGCAUACGCUAAUGAAGUAUGCCUUUUUGUAAAUCUGGUUCUGCCAGUGUCUGCAUUCAUUGUGAAGAGAUGUUUAACUUAGCUUAGUGUCUGCCAUUAAGUCUACCCAGACUGAUCAAGUCAUGUAAUAACUUUUAUAAACAUUGUACAGGCAAACCAUGUGUAGAUAAUUAAACAUAUUUUGUAAUGAAUUGAAUAGUGGUAGAUAGAAUGUAAUCGACUUGUCAUCGGCUUAGACAUAAGCUACUUGGCCGAAGUUAUCCUCAAUAUGAAGAAUAUUUGGGGAAAAAGUGCCAGUGCUUGAAUGUGUGCCUACGCUUGCAGGACAUUUUAGGAUAUGUACCUAGAAGUGUAUGUAAGAAACCACUAAACAUGUAGCCAUCUGGUGACACCGCUAAAUAGCCAUCAACUACUUGAUCUAGAAACCUAGAUGAUAUGUAACUUUGUAAUGACUUGUAUGCUCUCACUGCUGCACAAUAUAUAGGACUUAAUCAUGUUGUUUUCUUAAAGACUGGCAUGUGAAAUUCAAGUAUCAUUUUUCGCAAAGGUUCCUCUCCCAUUAAUCUGAUCUAAUCUGUGAUUUUAGGCUCUGAAAUAAGACUCUGAUGAAUAGAAACGUAUGAGUGUUGCUGAUGUUUAAACUUGGCCUGAGAUACAGCUUCAUUUCGACCAUCUAAGCAGAGUCAGUGCCGUGUCAUCGCCCCAGUGAUGUGCCGUCCCAGCACAUAUGACCGCUGCAUUGACGUGGUGAGUGAUCGAGGAGGUGAACUCUGCCCUCGGAGAGGCCGAACGGUGUCUGGAAACGUUAAAGCUACCGCUAAGACGCGGGGGUAGUGUUGUGAUUCACAUCCAGGUGUGUGCGUGUGCAGUGUUUUGAAGAAUGUGGAGGAGGAGCGCGCAAAGCUGCGUGCUGUGGAGAGGGUGUGGAAUGCCUGCAGUAAACUGGAACACCCUGACUCAGCCUGCGUAGCACAAAUCUAGCCCCAGUGGGAACUGCUGCUCAUUACGCUGCCUGAAAUGUAUGGAUGAGUGAGUGGGGGGAAAACAGACAGGGAGGAGGACGACACCAUGCAGGUAAUGGUUGAGGAAUACAUACAGAGAUAGCAGAAGGCCUUUAGCUUAGCGCAGGAAUGCAGAGUCGCUCUCUCGCAAUUGCUCCAGACCUAUUGUCACAGUCUUUCUAUGGCCGACCUUUUUGUUCUCGGAGUUACUUGUUUUGUCAUCAUCACACGUGUUCAACCCCCAACCAAUAAUGGCUGCUGCAGCUCUGUUGACGACGAACCUUUUGUUACCCCUCUUUUGUGCUUUUGUUACCUGCACAUACAUGUUGUGAAGCCCGUGAGCUGAAUUGCACACCCUCACUUGUUUGCCAUGGUUGUGUAUGUGGAUCCGGACAGAAUAGCAUUGUUGGGCUCAAGUCAUUGUUGGACUUGGGUGUCCACAGUACUGCACAUGUCCAUUAGGUCACUAAAGGGGCAGAGGGGGACAAUGUGGCUAUUGUUUUAAGUGACUUGCCCCCCCCCCCCCCCCCUUCUGGUCUGUUCCUCUAGAUUCAGGUCAUUCAGCUCAAACUGUAUGAGUAAACACAUUUACUCACAGCAGCUUGCUACAGUGAAUGGGAGGCCAGAACUACUACAGACUAUUUUUGAAGUUGGGUUGCAAUUUGUCUCUAAACAUAUUCCUUCAAUUGUAGUGUUGUGAUCAACCUUGCACCUGUUGCUGCAUGUCUUAUGGGGACAUCUUGCUGAAAAUUACAAAUAUUUUGUACAUUCUCCAGAAGAAGAGAGGCCACCCAAAUCUUAUACCGGCACUACUCUCUCCAAUGAUAGUUUACAAAAUACUAAAGGACACCAUACAGAAUGAGAUUCAAGAUUCAAAUGUUUUAUUUGUCACAUGAUGCUCAUAUAAUAUGUCCAGUGAAAUGAGGGGUAGGGUACUCUUAAGGCAGUGCAAGAAUGGCUAAGUGGUGCAUCUGCAGUCGGACAAUUAAAGACAACUUUGGAAAGAUUAAUUUUCUUUUCUCACAGCUGACUUUCAUGCAUCAAUAUGCCUACAUAGUAUACAUUAUACUAAGAGCUCAUAUUGCAUUUAACCUCUCUAAAUAGACUACUCUAAAUUAUAUUUAAACCCAAGUUUGAUAAGCCAGCCAGUCGGUAGUAGACCAGAUCAGGAGAAUUAGCAGCUCUCGCGCUGCAUGUGGUGAGAACGUUGACUUGGACUCCCACUGGGGAGACUUUGUCUCAUGAUCUGCUCUGUUUGGGUUGUGGGGAUUAUGGUUCUUAGCGUUUGCUUGUUGUGUAGCCAUAUCAAAGGUUGCAAAUCACUGGUGGCUCAGAGCUUGUUUUACUUUUAUUAUGGUACAUGUAUUGUUUUGCUGUGCCGCCCUUGGGUGUCUAGUCUACUGUAGUGCUUUUGGAGCCCAGGGCAUAAUGGUUUAACAUCGCCUUGUUGUUGUUGUUUGGCUUUAUGUUGAAGUUUCAUGCAGAGCUGACUUCUUUAUACAAGUAUGAAACUUGAGAAUAUUAUGCCAAAGUCGUACUUCAAUCAGACGAAUGUUCAUGACAAAUAGCCCCCAUGUGUCCCCAUUAGAGUUGAGCUUGUUUCAGUGAAGCAACACUAAAAGAGAAAGAACGAAGCCUAUUCCUCACAAACGAAAAAGUAAAUAAUGAGUUAGUCCAAGAAAAAACACUGGACAUUGCUAUACAUCGCUCCAACAGUUGAUGAUGUGUAACAUUCCUCCUUCAGCGGGCCUGGGAAUGUGUGAACUCACCACCUGAACUACCUACCGUGUGUCCCGCACUGAGUCUAGUUUCUCUGAAACAAAGAUAAAGAUAAUUGCAUCAUUUGAAAGCUUUUGUCGCCCCAGUUUGUAUGCAUGCAUCGGACUGUGUGUCAAAUGUGUGGAUCAGCUGAGCAGGGAGGGAUUUUGCACGAUAUGUCAUGAUGACAGUUGUUUCUUUUUGCAAGUAAUCAAUCUAUUCUCUGUCCUGAAGUACGGAUUUGUCUCCGCCUGUCAAACAAAGAAACGGUGUGCUGUCCAGUGUAAUGCUGUCUGUCCGGCCAGUUCAGUGUCAACCCGGACGGUGCUUCCUUUUACUGUCGUACAUGCUGCUUCACAUUUUACAGUCUUGAUCUUUCUCUGCUGAUAACCUUCUCUGUAUAGUCAUGUUGAAUCAUACUGUGUUCCAUUUCCGAGUAUGGAGAAGAUCAAAUUAGAUAUUUUCGAAAGAGUAGAAGUAAACUUAUGUUGCAUGCUGAUGUACCAUUUCUUCAGCUACAAGCACAACGGUGAAGCUAAAAGUGUGGCAGGCUGUGUUUUGUUGGAACAGCUGGUAGAAUUGAGGGAGGGAGAGCGAAAGGGUGGAGACAGGAAAGAGGGGAGGAGUCGGGGUUUGUGGGAUGGAUGGGAAGGAUGUAGUUCGAAGGGGAAGGAGAGUAGGCCAGACAGGCAAAGAUAGAAAGAGAGGAGGCGGGGUCUCACACCAUCAUGGCCCAUGUUGCUACAGACUGGCCAAUGCUACAAGCCACUGUCGGGUUAACCCACGAGAAAGGGUUCUCUGUGUGAUGCCGACUGCAACUAACUGCUUCAUCAGCUAAACCUUCGUCUCUCUGACCGACUCGCUGUCUGCACUUUUGUUUAAGGCUUAAGUUCUCCCUCAUUCUGGAGCUGCAACAAUUCAAUAAAUAGUCGAUCCACGGAAAAUCUACCGGGAACUAUUUGAUAAUAGAGUCCAGCUCCUCAGUUGAGAAUAUUUGAUGGUGUUCCUUGUCUUCUAUUAUAUUACACAACAUAUUUUGGGCUAUUUGACUGAUGGUUGAGCAAAACAGGGAAUUGGGAUAAUGGAAAUUCACCGCGAUCAACUUGUUGUGAAUGUUUCCUAUAUCGUCUCAUCCCUAGCUGUUCCUUGCUUUAGUCCCAAUGACUCCUCUCCUCUUGACUCAGGUCUAUGACAAAGAACCAGUGUUUACUUUGGAUAUUGGUGAUGAUGUUGUUAUUCGGGCUGACUAUAAUGCAUACAGGCCUUGUGAUUUGUUGGUGCUCCUGCACAGUAAGCACAUGAACUAAUAUAAAAGUGUCACACAGAAGCUAAAAUGAAAAAAAAUCCUAAGUGCCCAGACAAAAACGACUGAGAACUAGAGGAGUGUUGCGUUAAUGGACGGGUCAAUACAGCUGUUGGCAGCAGCUUCCCCUCAGGCAGUAAUUCUAUACUACAUGUCAAGGACAAGAGCAGGACACCUGACUGAGCUGCAACCGCCACCAAUAUGCAUCAAACCCAUCGUUGCAACAUCCAGUCUGCUAUUAUUGAAUGCUUCUCCAUUCAUUUAAACUGUGUAGUAAUUACCCAAUAUAACUCAGCCACUAACUGCAGCCUCAGAUAUUACCGUACCGUUGAAAUGAAUGGGCAAUUCAGUCUGAUGAUCGGGCUCGACGAACUAGAAUGUGGUGGGAGCGGCCUGUUUCUGAGCGGAGCCGGGACAGGUGUUUUGCGACAUAAAUGGUCUGGUUUUUAGGACGGCACAUGAUCUCGCAGGAAGAGGCCACAAAAACUGGGCCAGUAGUUCAAUUUGAAGUUUUCAUAUGCUCUCAAAUCACCAUGAACAUUGAAACACAAUUUAGAUGUGUGUAUCUCGCAGUUUAUACUCUGAAUAAGUAGUGAAGAAAAAGGAAACUAAACUUUCACACGAAGAUGAAAUUAGUGCACAUAUAAGUGUGUAUAUGUGAGCCCAUACAUGUACACUAUGUGCAUAUACAGUACAGUAACCCGUGAGGUUUUAUACGUCACAUGUGCUGGUUGUUUAACAAAUAUUGUCUUCAAGGCAGCUGGUCCGAAUCUGAGCGCUGAUGCUUCUGUAGCCCGCUGCCCGCAAUCAAAGGCCAAUCAAAGCUAUAGCAAUAUGUAUGGAUGGAUUAUGCUAUUGACAUGGAUGGAUUAUGCUACAGUAAAUCAGAUUAAGACAUGUUGACCCUGGUACAUAGUAUGCAGAAAUUACAGCAAUAGUCCUAAAUGUACAAGAAAGCACUUCCCUUACCGCUGUCAUUGAGCCAGAGACUCGUUCAGGUUCCGGUCUCCUGCUCCACAGGAGUGCUAUCCUUUUAGUUGCCCCUGAGGUCUGAUCCUCCAAUGGAGCACUUUUCCUCUUGGUAAUACUAACUUAGUAGUUGUAAACAUGAUUCAUAGCAUUUAUGGUACACAAAAAACAAUAUCAAGUUGUGUUUUUGUUCUGUUGAAAUAGUUGGUGUGAUCUAUUUACUUUGUUGUGUUGUUGAUGAGAUACUACGUAGUUCAGGAGUUGCUGAGAUCAGACGUGAUGAAGCAGAAGAGUAAACUAAAGGGAGUCUUUAGGAUAUAGCACUUCUCGCCACCCUGGUAUUAGAAAGCCCUGUAGCACCAAACCAAAGCAAAGAGUUUAAACUUUGUGGCGCUGACUUGUUGCACAGGGCUCCCCAGCGAGUCCCCAGGGCUCAGCAGAUACCAUUCUGCGUGCUCCAGGGCAUUAAAUCCUCUUUGCAUGGCUGGUGAUCAAGCCAUGAUGUAAAGGAGCUUAGUAGCAACAGACAGCCAGGCAGGAAGCUGCUUCCCUGUUGGCCACAGAUCAGGUGAUCACACACAAAACACAGACGGGAGAGAGAGACGGGCAGGGACAAGGUGGAAAAACAAAGAGGGUGAAAUGGACAUGGGGAGGUGUGUGAAUGGUGACACCAGAGGGAGCUUGGACAGAGAAAUUAGCAGAGACUAAUCUGAGGUUUUUCAAUAGAUGGAUGUGGUGUGAAAACACAACCUGAGUCUGCUGCAGGACACUCUUAGCAAUGCAUGCAUAUGGAUGUUUGUUGUCAGCAGUGAGGUCAUGUUUGUUCUUUGAGUGUUGGGAAGUUGAGGGGAACCAAGGUGAGAGAAACGCCGCAUUGUUAUUGUUGGUACUUAAAGCUGCAACUAACGAUUGUUCUCAUUUUGGUUAUGAAAUGACAGAAAAUUGUCAUAGUUUGUUUAUUCAGCAAACAGUCCUAAAGCCAUAGACUUUUACUAACCAUAGAGUUCACUGUAAUAUGAGAAACAGAAGUAUAACAUCACAUUUCAACGGAGAAUGUUUGGUAUUUUUGCUCUAAAAAUGAUUAAAACCAUUAAUAGAUUAUCAAAAUGGUUGUUGAUAAUUUUCUGUUGGUGUUCUCAUUGUAAACACAAGCCAGCCUUGAGUGCUCUAACAUCCCCCUGUAUCCUUCUCUUCCUCCCUUCACAGGUCACUUUCCUCCUUCCCUCCCCCCUCCUCCCCUCCCACCUGUCUCAGCUCUGGUUUGUCAUGGAGAACUCUUCGGUGGCGUCUGCGUCGUCCGAGGCCGGGAGCACGCGCUCACAGGAGAUAGAAGAGCUGGAGCGCUUCAUUGACAGCUAUGUGCUGGAGUACCAGGUGCAGGGGCUUCUGGGAGACAAGGCCGAUGGCGACUUGGACAUGGACAACGGUGGCAAGGUGCCGCAGUGGACAGAUGACUGCAACAACAAGAAAGAUGGCAGCUGGACGUCUUCACGGGGGAGAGGCUCAACCAAGCCAGACGAAUGGGAGCACAGCAGCAACGGCAGCACCGGGUCCAGGCCCAGUUCAGGGUCCAGACCCGGGUCCGGCUCACGCUCCGGCAGCAGAGGCAGAAACAACCAGUUCACAGGCCCUGCCAUGAACGGGAACAGAGACGGCUCCCUGGACAUCCUGGGGACAGACAUAUGGGCUGCCAACACAAUGGACUCACGCGGAGGUGCUGGUUGGGACAUCCAGCCAGAGAAGCUGGACUUCAGCCAUUUCCACAGAAAACACCUGAGAGGACUACCAAAGCACCUGCCACACAUUGACAGAGAAGGGAUGAACAAAAACAAGUUUGAGGAAGAUGACGGUAUAGACAUGAACGACAUAGAGAAGUUUCUACCCCAUCUGCAUACUGUCUUCCCCCCCCUUCUUAAUGAGGCUGAGAUCGCACACACCAAAAAGCUCUUCCGACGGAGGAGAAAUGACCGACGAGCGGUUGAUCAGUUCAUCCGAGACCAGUUAACCAUACUUCUGCCCACUGGCCCCGGGGGAAAGCGGCAAGUCUCAGCCAGGAGACAACAGCGGCCUCAGGGAGGAGGCGGAGGAGGAGGAGGAGGAGGAGGAGGAGGAGGAGGAGGAGGCGGAGGAGGAGGGAAGAACCAACCUCAGCUGAUACAACAGCAGUCACCACAGCACCAGAGGGAUCAAUCCCAACAUCAAUCCCCAAACCAACAGGAGCAGAAUCUAACAGAACUGGGAGAUAUCAGAAACAGUAGUGCUGGUCGGCCGCCUCGCCAGUAUCAGGGAGGACAUGGGCAGCGCCAAGGAGGACCCCCGCACCACGGAUACAGCCAGAACCGGCGUUGGCACCACAAUCCGAAAGGCCCUGGGCAUGGACAGACGAACUUUACAGGUGAUAAAGGAGCACCCCCAAGGACAACCAAAGACAGAGAGACUGAGAAUGUAAAACCAGAAGACGAGCAAAUCAGACCUCCUCAAGACAACAGCAGUAAGGGUCCCAAUGAAUCACCCAGACCAGUGUCGACACCCACUACAAAUGUGUUCCCACAUCUGACAGUUAGAAAGGAAUCUCCCAACCCGCCAAGAAGUCGAAAGGGAGGCGAGGGCCAGUCGGAGCAGCCCAAAAUCAGCUUGCUGCAGUCGUCGAAGGAGAGACUGAGGAGGAGACUAAAGGACAAGGAGGAGGCACGUGUGGAGGCGCCGGGCUCCGGAUCGCAGAGCAUGGACCGGCUGGUGGACCUUCUCAACAGCAUGAGGAGCAACAGCAGCGGGGUGGAACAGCAGCUGGCCUCCUUCAUGGAGGAGGCGCAGUGCUCGGCGCGGUCCGAGGAAACCCUGGCUCAGGUGGUCAGCACCAUCUACUGCAAGGCCGUGUCAGACCGGAGCUUUGCCGCCACAGCCGCCAAGCUCUGUGACAAGAUGGCACUGUUCAUGGUGGAGGGGACCAAGUUCAGAUCGCUGCUCCUCAACAUGCUGCAGAUGGACUUUGCCUGUCGAGAGGAGCUCCAGCAGUCGGAUGUGGAGAGGUGGCUCGGUUUCAUCACCUUCUUGUGUGAGGUGUUUGGUACCAUGAGGAGCAGCUCAGCGGAGCCCUUCAGGGUGCUGGUGUGUCCCAUCUACACCUGCCUACGAGAGCUGUUGGAGUCCACAGAUGUUAAGGAAGAUGCAGUCCUGUGCUGUUCAAUGGAGUUGCAGAGCAUGGGGCGCCUCCUGGAGGAGCAGCUCCCAGAGAUGAUGACCGAGCUUCUCGCAGCCGUCAGGGACAAGAUGCUCAGUCCGGCCGAAUCACAGCUGACUCGCUCUCUCCUGAUGGAGGUCAUCGAGCUGCACGCACAUCACUGGAGCCCCCUGGAGGCUCUCACCACCCAAUACUACAACCGUACCAUCCAGAAGCUCACCACCACUGCCUAGGUGCCAGCUCCCACAGGAGAAGAGGAGACGAGCCCUCCUGAAAGCCCCUUGGAGACAUUUUUCAGUUGAGCGUCAAUCGGCUCUUUUAGUUUGACCAAAACACAGGAAUUUAAUAAAGUCACUCUCCGACCGAAGUGAAUCCGUGCUUUACGUGGGUUUUGAACCUAGUUGUAUAGUUUGCUAAUUCCUCCAAGAUAGGCGAGCACUGCCACAGAUAACCGUACACUAUCCACCAAACAGUUAGCUAUCAAGCAAGCCAUCGAGGCAACACAAGCUUAUUUGACACGCAUUUAGGAAAACAGCAACGUAUUUAUGGCCAGUAGGGGCAUGCUUGGCCACACAGAGGGAGCUCGCCUUGCACAGGCUGCUGAGGGAUAAAGGAGGGAACAGACAAGAGGGGAGUGUGGGGGAGAGGAGGAGAGGGCAGCAGCCUGCCCGUAGGGAAUAGAGCGAUCCGUACCCAAAGAUGAAUGGAGGGGCUUAGGGUGGGAGGUCAGGGUAGUCCGUGUCAGUCUCUUCAUUGUGUUCAUUUGCCCACCGCACUCCUCCCCCCCUCCUCUGUCUCUCCGUCAGCCUCUGGGGUCUGUGUGGCUGAUAAAAGAGAGAUGAGGAGGAGGAGGAGGAGGAGGAGGCAGGGAGCGAACACGGUGCUGUCUGUCUGGGCCGUCUGCCCCGCCGGGGCCAGGGACCGGGUCAAAGGGCCUCGCUGUGGAGCUCCCACAGCGCCUCCCCGCCUUUGUCUCCCCCCCCCAAACUCCACACCCCACUGCAGGAAGCCUUUUUGUGGAGAUGAGACAGCGGGCCUGCUGGGCCUGAUGGCUGGGUGGAGGAUAAGGAUCAGGCUGGCUAGAGUAGGGUGGCAGAUGGCUGCUUGAGCCCAUGUGAGACGACACACACCCCUCUGGCACCCCGGCUCCCUGCUCCCCGAGCAGUAAAAAAUAUUGCAGUUGGGGGUGCGGGGGGGGGGGGGCAGCAUUAGAAAAGCAUUAAAACAAACACUGCUGUGUGAUAAUUCUUUUGUUUUUGGUCCUACAGGGGAAGGUCUCUUCUCCUAUGUUGAGUCGUGCAUGUACAUGCUUUGUUAACCACAUCUUUGAUAUUAUCAUUAUUUUAUUUUUUUAAAUAAUUUAGUGUUUUUAUUGUUGGUUCAUUUUGAAGUCUUGUUUUUAUGAAGUGUAUGUAUGAGGUUUUAGUGGUAGGCCUUAUUGCACAGGUUUGAUUUGUUUUGCACUGUUCUGCUUUAAAGUUGAAUUUGAAUCAGUGCUUGUGGAUCAAUAGGAAACAUCUCAGUAGUGAGACACAUGGGUGAAGCAUAGUGAGGGUUUUUAGGAUGUUUUAAUGGACUAGUGGCCUUAUAAUUUAUCCAUCUGUAUAGGAGCUCUCUGGCUGCGGGGCCUGCAGCAGCAGCAGAGGGCAUGCUGAGGACUUGACAGUUGGUCUUAUUCACAUCAUUCUGUCGCUGACGGAAAAAAAGGACAAAGUGACGUGAUGACAAAAAAAAAAGAAAAAGAGCAUGGCACACAGAAAGGAGUGAAAUGCUUCUUUAACGUGUUCUCAUACUCGAGCCAUUCUUUGCGGUGGACAUUUUGCAAGUGUUUAAUAUUGACUGUAUUUGCUUUGUGUUUGAGGAAAAUGACAACUAUUAACCUGUGUAUUUGAAGACAAUGACGAAAAAAAUAAUUCUUAUUGUAUGACCUCAUUAGCUAAUCAUAUGUGACCCUUAUUCCAGCUAAUGUGUGUACUAUGAUAUUGACGUACCAAGCCAAUCAUGUACCAUUUAUAAAUGGGCUAU